ACGGCGAAGGAUGGACAAGCGGGCGUACGCCGUCUGAACUUGAUCGCGAGUUACCGCGAGUACGAGAACGGAGUGUUGCACGCGUGCGAGUGAGGAUGGAUGCGACAUUUUAACGCGUAAACGCGCACGGUACCGUCAAACGCGCUUCGUGGAUAUACGCGCACCCAUUGUCGAUUGAAAAAAAGGAAUAGAAACAAAGGACGUAUCCGCGACAUAUAAUUACGCUUGUUAUCGCGCAUCGUGAAACGCGGGAUAACGAGAAGCUCGCCCGAGCGGAAAAACUGAAGAUCCGAUGUGAUUCGGACAUUGACGUAUUUCAUUCUUGUAGCCUGUUAAUAACGUCAAUCAUGGAGACGCAAACUGAGAUGCCGGGAAACACAACGAUGGGUAGCACGCUACUCGACGAGGAACUUCGUCGAAUUCUGAUGGAACGUGAGCAAGAAUGCAUGAAGCUAAAACUCGCGAAUACAACGCUGCCGCCGACGGAAUUAUAUUGUCGACUCACUUUCGAUGGAUGGUCCUGUUGGCCGAAUACUGCAGCAGGAUCAACAGCUUAUAUACCAUGUCCUGACUUUAUCACUGGAUUCGAUGCAUCGCUGAUGGCGCAUAAAUACUGCGAGCUGAAUGGCACGUGGUUUCGGCAUCCUGAAUCAAAUCAAAUAUGGAGCAAUUACACAACUUGUGUUAAUCUACAGGAUCUGAGCUGGCAGCAAAGUAUAAAUAGAAUCUACGAGGUGGGAUACGCGAUAUCCUUGGUAGCUCUAUUGCUUUCCUUAGGAAUUCUCACGUACUUCCGAUCUCUCAGAUGCGCACGGAUUACACUGCACAUGAAUCUAUUCACCUCGUUCGCGUUCAACAAUGCCUUAUGGCUGAUCUGGUACAGAUUCAUAGUAGCGAAUACGGAUCUACUACUUAAUAAUGGCAUACCUUGUCGCGUCCUGCACGUAAUCCUUCAUUACUUUUUAUUAACAAACUACGCUUGGAUGCUUUGCGAAGGCUUUUACCUGCAUACAUUGCUAGUGAGUGCAUUCACUAGUGAACACAAAUUAGUGAAUUGGCUGAUGGGACUUGGGUGGCCAGUUCCAGCUGUAAUCGUCACCUUAUAUACAGUUUUACGUGCAUCCAGUGAUGAUCCUACAGACACUGAGCAGUGCUGGAUCAAUGAGGGCAAUUAUAUGAACGCGUUGGUUUAUCCCGUGUGCGUUUCUACUUUGUUGAAUCUACUUUUCCUGUUUAAUAUCGUACGAGUCCUUCUCAUGAAGUUACGUGCCGGUCCCGCCAUUGGAACGCGCCCUUCACGAUCUAUGCUGCAAGCUUUCAGGGCCACGUUACUUUUAGUGCCCCUAUUGGGCCUUCACUAUUUAGUAAUUCCAUUUCGGCCGCCAAAGAAUCAUCCUUGGGAGAAUUUUUACGAGGUCCUUUCAGCAAUUACCGCUUCUUUCCAGGGUCUCUGUGUGGCUGUGCUUUUUUGCUUUUGCAACGGCGAGGUAAUAGCGCAAUUCAAGAGGAAGUGGGAUGGCAGCGCCCUUUUACGAAAACGAGCCAAUUCCUGCACGGCCACAACAGUCUCGGUCCGAUGGCGGGAGAGGAGAAGGUGUGACUAUCAACCGGCAGCAGCGGUGCCGAGGGAUGACUGCAAUAAGCGAUUGGCGAGUGAAGAUCAACAACUGCAGCAGACCGUGCAGGUGAUCGCCGCAGGCCGGUUAGGCAAUCACGGCAACAACAACCACACGCAGGUGCUUAUCAAACGCGGUGGCGACGACGACGAUUUCUCCCACGACGAGUACAAUCAGACGCAGUGUUGAUAAUCGGAUCGACCGGAUCAACACCGGGAAUGAUCGUGCUAUGGGACCACGUAGAAGAUCACUUUCUCUCUCUUUAUUUGCCUCUUAUACCGGCCACUUCGCAAGAUAGUCGACAGCGGAAUUUAUCGAUUCGUGAUUCACAAAUAUGUUAUUAGUUGGAAACGAUAAACCCUACAAAGAGGUAAUGAUAACAAUAAACGCGGUGUAGAGAAAUAUUUAUAUAUAAGGUGAAUAUAUCUUACUUUUAGUGCAUAU